ACCUUGGAUUCCUCCAUUGCUGUAAACUCCAUUGCUUGAAGAGCUACUUCAUCCCUUUCGUGCUUAAUUCACGAGAGACAAAAGUUUUCACAGACAUGGAAGGACGUGCACGCAGAUCCCUCUUGUUGGUGUUUUCUCUGCUUCUUUUAAUCACAUUCUCCGGGGUAGCCGAGGCUAGUGGUAACGCAAAGCUGCGUCCUUCAGAUUGCAAACCCAAGUGUACGUAUCGUUGCUCGGCGACAUCACACAAGAAGCCGUGCAUGUUCUUCUGCCUCAAAUGCUGCUCCAAGUGCCUGUGUGUUCCUCCCGGCACUUAUGGCAACAAGCAAGUGUGCCCUUGCUACAAUAGCUGGAAGACCAAGGAAGGAGGACCCAAAUGCCCUUAAUUUAAUUAUUUAAUAUUCUUUCCAUGUUAAAUUGUACUAAUAUGCCUGCCAUAUAUGCUAUGCUUGUGUAGCAUUUCUGGCAGCAAUAUAUAUCCCUUGUCUAAUUCAAUUAGGACUAGAAUCAGCUGGUGCUGGUGCUGGUGCUGGUGCCAUGUCUUUUGUAUCCAGAAAUGGUUAGUUAUAAAUAGAAAUAUUGCAUCAAUUAUAUGUUCA